AUGCUAAGCGAACACAACGAGACGACAUCACUCGGCCUCUUAUGGUACGACAACAACAAUCCGAUGUCAACAGCGGCGACAGCUGGCGACAAUUUGUCGCCAUCACUCGCCGCCUCGGACGAUUCGCUACGUCCUUUUAUGGAAGCAGUGACGCUGGCCGCUGUUUUGUUGUUGUUGAUUCUGUUCUGUGUAAUCGGUAACCUAUUCGUCAUCAUCGCUAUCGCCUGUGAACGAGAUUUACGCGGUCGACCACAGUACUACCUGAUAUUCUCGCUUGCUGUCGCCGAUCUCAUCCAGUCCAUCGGAAGCAUGGGGCAAGAUAGUCGCAUCUACCUUCUGGAAACUGCUGCAUUACUUAGCUGA